AUGUGUCUACCUCUACCUUGGUCCGACCGCCCGCCCGAACGCUCAUCCAUCACACACGAAGACGGCCGAUCAAGAGGCAGGAGUGAACAGACUGGACUUUGUCCGUCUCAUGUCAGGUUCCGCCCGGAGACGAGGCUAAUCCCCAUAAAGACGGGUGUGCUCCCUCCAGACCCCGGGGCUACCGCUGCUGCAGCACUGAGCCACACGGCCACUGGCUGCGAGUCUGCGACACUCACGUUGCCUCCACAUGUGAAGAUUUGUACCUGGAGUCAGGUUCCCUACCACGCAUACUUGAGGUACCGACGGAUACUCGAUACUUGCUGCCUUACCCGACAACGCCGGCCACCACCCGCCUGUCCGGCCUUUUCUUCUUCCUGUGUCACGGUAUGGAUAUCCGGACUUUGGGCGACCACGACAAGGCUCUCCGUUUCUUCCCCACGCGGCUGGACGACGUCCAUCGCACACGACCAGGACAAGCCCAGGGAAGCCAGGACAGCUCCAUGCGGAGAAAUCAAAGGUCUUGAGGGCGUACGGAGUACUGUAUUUUGCCGUCGCAAGGGCCUCGUCUCAGACUUUUGCAAUGCAGUCUGCAUCUCGUCCAGGGCUGCAGAAGCCAGAGUCAUGUCCCAAAAACUCUUGCCGCUGGAAGAUACCUGA